AUGCUUUCAUGUACCUUAUGCUCCUGCUGCUCUCGAUCAUCUACAAGAUCAUCUGUUUCCGCAUCUUAUGAUCCGCAUUUUUUUGAAACCAUCAAUCCACUGAACGGUUUUGAUGGGAGAGAAUCGUUGGAGACAUACAUGUGGGAACAGUCACUGAAGGUCGAACCAAAAGAUCUCGAUAAAAUGGAAUUUGUUAAACCGUCUAGACCAGUUCACGUACUGAAAUCCCCAGGUAUCAAACCACCCAAAGGAAUCUCAUCAGCACCAUCAACCAGUGGUCCAUCUAACCAUUAUUCCGGUCAUCGCACUAGUGGACGAGGUUUCUCGGCACUUAACAAUUACAGUUCCAACGUAUCCCACUCAUCGGAUAUAUCACGUCCCAGUUUCCUGCCAAAUUUCGAGGAUCGAAAUUCUUAUCUUGGAAUGGUUGAAAUCACUCCAGGUCAGCAACCACGGUAUCUUGGUGACGCAAAGCGCGGUACUCAGUCAACAAUUGCUUCACCAACAGAACCACGAAUUCCGCCAAUAAUGCCAAGGGUUAGGCAUCGAAGCGACAAAGCAUCCUCAACACCACCAAGUCCCCGUUCAUCACAAAAUGGGCAUUUUUCUGCUCCUUCACCACCUCCUCUCUAUCCACGAAAAUUGUCAACCCAGGAACAACUGGCUCCACCACCACCUCUAAAGGUUUCAACUCAUACAACUCCAGAUUUAAAUGCUCCUAUUCCGCCUCACUCUGCUCCAUUUUGUACUGUUCGUCCAGAUUCUUUUGUUUUUCCGCCAUAUGGAGGAAAUGCAACCCAAACAGCAGUUUUGGAAAGUAGCUCCACUGUAGCACAAACAACAAGUAUAACUACUCCAGUAGUACCACCAAGGAAAAAAGUGGAGCAGCUACCAUCGCCGCUGUCUGAUGAUGCUGUGCGCGUCGUGUGGAAUAAGGAAACAAAGUCAACACAACCUAAUGUAAGCGCUGUUAUAUCACUAUCUUCAUUAUCGCAGAAUUCAAAUCAAAAUAAUGCUACUACAACACCAAAACUUUAUCCACGACGAUCCUGUCAAGUCGAACCACCUCCAAGGCCACCAAAAUUACUUAACAAUAAAAAACCGCAAGAAUUAUUUGGUGAAAAGCUGGUUACAGAAAGAAAUGGUUUCAAUUCGCCUCCUCCGUUACCGCCAAAAACUUACAAACGAAAGCAGCAGCAUAAUCGCCCACAAUAA